ACGAUGUGCCCGCGGACACGGAGCGACACGUCGACGACCGCCGCGCUAUCCUCUCACCGACAUUAACGACACGAUUACGUUACGCGUUCCAAAUUCAAAAUCAGUGCUGUGGCGUGUUGUUUUGUGAUACUCUUUCAAUAGCGGGAGGCGCGGCAUGGCAGCCGGCAUGGGGGUGCCGGAGUACUUCGCCGGCAAGACGGUGCUGGUCACGGGCGGCACCGGCUUCAUGGGCAAGGUGCUGCUGGAGAAACUGCUGCGCUGCUGCAGUGACGUGCGUCGCGUCUACUUGCUGAUGCGGCCCAAGCGCGGACACAGCGCUGCCGAGCGUCUCGAUGACUUCCUCCAGUGCAAGGUAUUCGAGGUAUUGCGAGCAUCCAACCCACAGUGCUUCAGCAAGCUGGUGGUAGUCCCGGGAGACAUCCUGCAAGAAGAUCUGGGCAUUUCAGAGGAGCACCGGCGUCUGUUGCAAGAAGAAUGCAACUGCGUGUUCCACUGCGCCGCCUGUGUCAGAUUCGACAUGUUUAUCCGCGAUGCGAUCAAUUUGAACACGGUUGCAACUAUGAAGGUACUCAAGCUGGUGGAAGGAAUGAAGAAUCUAGAGGUGUUCGAGCACGUGUCGACGUCGUACUGCCGCUGUGAGCUGCCGAUCCUCGAGGAGAAGGUGUACCCGGCGCCCCACCGGCCGCACGAUGUGGUCGCCACCACGCGCUGGAUGGACGAUGACUUGCUGCGAUACAUGCAGCCCAAGUUGAUAGAUCCCCAGCCCAACACAUACGCCUACACCAAGUCGCUGACGGAAGACCUGGUCUCACAGUACGAGGGGAAGUUCCCCAUUGUCAUCGCCAGACCCUCCAUUGUGAUGGCGGCGUACAAGGAGCCAGUGCCUGGGUGGGUGGACAAUAUGAACGGAGCAACGGGCCUGCUCGUGGGAGCGGGGAAAGGUGUGAUCCGCACAAUGCACUGCAACGAUAGCUACCAGGCGGACAUAAUGCCAGUGGACAUGGCCGUCAACGCCUGUAUAGUGCUCGCCUACCUCACUGCCACCGACAGACCACGAGAGAUCCGCGUGUGCAACGUCACACAGUCUGGAAUCAAUCCGUUGACAUGGGGGCGCGCGCUCGAUAUGGGUCGUGUGCACGUGCGAGAGUUUCCAUUCUCCAUCUGCCUGUGGUACCCCGGCGGGUCCCCCAAGAGCUCGCGAGCGCACCACCUCGUCGCCGCAUUCUUUACCCACGUGCUGCCAGCCUACUUCGUGGACCUUGUCAUGUUCCUAGCGGGCAAGAAGACUUUCAUGGUGAAGAUCCAGAAGCGAGUCAGCUACGGGCUGCAAGUGCUGCAGUACUACACCACCAAGGAGUGGCACUUCCGGAACGAGGUCUACCAGGCCCUACCCACCAGACUCUCCGCACGGGACAGGGAGCUGUUCUACACCGACCACAGGAUGAUAGAGUGGAGCGACUACAUCCGGAACUACAUCAAGGGGGCGCGAGAGUUCUGCUGCAAGGAGGAGCCAGCCACGCUCCCCGCCGCACGCCGGAGACACCGACAAUUGUUCUACUUGGAUUUGUUCGUACAGACGGCCGUUUAUAGUUUAAUCGCAUACUUUAUAUACUACUAUAUAAUUCGUAUGUUGAGCUAACUGGUGACAAGGCACUGUUGUAUCGACUAUAUUGUAUUAUAUCUCGUAAUUUGAGAGGGUCAAAGUGACGUUAGACUUAAUGAUGGGAACCAUGAAGCUGUUUACUGCCUGAACGGAUUUCUUUGCGCGAUACAUUGCUGCCUUCGAUAAAAUAUAAUGUUGUGCAUUGUUCAGCUUAAAAUAUAAAUAUUGCACACGAAUGUGGUACGUGUCAAAUGAGCUCGCGAAUAUAAAAUUAUCGUUAAGCAAUAAAAGUGUUUUAGCAUUCAAUUUUAGGACUGCCUGUUAAGGCUGGGGACCAAGCCGAUGGCCUUGAGGAAUCGAGCGGCGGUAGGUUACCUCUCUCGCACAAUAUCGCAAUAAUUUUAAUUCAGAAUCAGAAUCAUUUUUAAUUUAUUACAAACAUAAUACAAUUGUCUUUACAAAACUAUGUCAAUUGAAUAGUAUAUAUUGGUGUACAAUUAAUAAAUGUUGGUAUAAUUUUUAUGUAGAUUGAAUGAUUAGCAUGGCUCCGACUGUAAAAGUUAGGGGUUUUUUUGUGAAUUAAUUCACAGUGUCUAUAAAAAAUAGUAAAGUACAGAAAAAAUUAAUUCUCAUAUUCUGUAGAUAUCUAAUUAUUUUUUGUAAAAAUAUAAGCUUUAUAUAAACCGCCAAAAAAUGGUUGCAAUUAUGCGCUAUUUUGACGAUUUCUUGGGAUAGUUGCCUUAAGGUUUAGUUUCGAAUAGAGUGCGUACUGAGCAUAGGACUUAUUACUCCGGUAUACUAUAGUACCGUAAGGCUUUACAAUGCGUAUCGGUCAAUAUGUGGCGAGUUUAUAUUUUGGUCUUUGAAUAUAGCCCAACUUAUAAAAUGAUUUUUUUUAAUUGUUUAAUGAUUUUUAAUUAUCGUGGACAUACUGACAUGUUGCUACCGAAACACCCUUGGGAACUUUGUUGAUACCUACGUUUGUUAUUAUUUUAAUAUCAAUAGGGCUACUUUUAAUUGUGGUCGUCAUAUAACAAUCGAUGUACGGCGUCAAUUACAUUAGUGGUUUUCUAGAACCCUUCUACCAAAUUAACUUCAUUGAAAUUUCUUUGUCCUAUUAUUAUUACUAUUAUAAUUAAUGUACGAUGCUACACAAAACUUUUAAAUAUAUUAUCCGUUUAGAAUCAGGUCAAGUUGUGCGAAUAAUAUGAUAUAUAUUAUACUUAAGCAUCGAAAUGAAAUCAUAAUUCCUACAUUAUAUUAUUGGCUCUACUAGAAACUCAACUUUUCAACAACUAAAGUUUUAUUCAACUAACGCAGUUUAGAUUAUAAAAUAACUAUUUUUCAAAGGCAUAAAUUAGUAUAUGUAAUGUAGUAGCCGUGACCAACUGCAAACUUAGCGAAAUGUCGGUAUGAAUUAAUAAUUAACAACAACAAAAAAGUAAUGAAAUGGUUAAAGUUCAAAUUAAAUUAUAAUAAGCCUUACACGAUUUAAUCAUAAAGAAGUAAGUUAUGUAGGUACAUUUUCCCUUAUUCCCUCGUUGUACAAUAACAUGUUGCAUUUUUUUAAAUACAAAUAAUUUAAAGAAUCCCAAUGGUUGAUUUAGGACCUAGGUUAUCAAUGACGCGAAUAGCCCCUUUCCUAUAGCACAAAGAUGGUAUUAAUAUCGGUAGCGUUGCCCCGUAGCAAUAUACACAUAAUACUUUGAAAAUAACAAAAGUAAACAAGUCGCGCUGUAUCUAGGUCGGUUAUUUGUCUCAUCUUUUUAACCGCGUAUGCUGCAGAACUAUGUCUGUUCGCCAAUCCUUCAAUAUGGAGGCCCCAUUGUAAUUUGGAAUCCAGAGUAAUGCCAAGAAAUAUAGCAGAUUAAAAGGUUUUGUCACCUCUCAGUUUAACAAAACAUUAGCGUCUACAUUUUCAUAUUUGCUACGGUAAAUAUAUAUCGUUUUCUUGAUAUUAAAUAGCAUUAGGUUUUUAACGCUAAACCAGAACAUGAUGUCUGAUAGAAUAUCGUUUACUGCGUCAUACAUAAUUUUUUUUUCACUAUGAAUAUCAGUGAAGUGUCAUCUGCAAACAAUAUUACCUUAUGAUUUUGUCUAUAAGGUUAGGAAGAUAAUUUACGCAGAUAGGGAAGAAGAACGGUCCCAGAGUAGACCCUUGUGGUACCCCCAUACUCAGAAGCGUUCCAGGAGAUCUCAUACUUUUCACGUCAAACUUCUGAAUUCUUUUGUUAAAAUAUGAAGUCAGAAGAUCGAGCGCAGUUCCUUUUAUGCCUUAGUGACAUAGCUUCCUGACCAGAGUUGAAUGUUGAACACAAUCGAAGGCUAUAGGUAAAUCACAGAAGAUACCAAGUGCAUUCUGCGAAACCUCCCAAGUAUCAAAAACAUUCAUGGUCAGCUCAUCACCUGCAUCCGUAUUUGAAUAUUACUUUUUUACUAUAUUAAGAUUUUGGCGCCCUAUUAUUUCAAAUUAUUAUUAAUACUACCUACAUAACCACUGAAAUAUUACUAUGCUCACAUAGAUGUAAUUAUUAUAUUAUAUAGGAAUUCAAUAACCUAAAAACUUUGUGAUAUGCAUGAGACAAUUUAAUUAUUGCGUAUAGUUUACGCAAUCAUAUUAUUAUUUAUCUAUAAUAUUAUCAUAAGGGAGCUUAUUCCCAAAGCCGAAAGCGACAGCAAUGCCAAUUAUUAGGUAUCAUUUUUAAUUAUCACCACAGAUUAACAAUUUUAUUUAUGCGCCAUUAAAUGGUUUAUUCUUUGUAUCAAACUUUGUAUUCAACAGUUAACAAUAUUAAUAUGAUAGUAUAACUUAAUUAAUAUUCAACCAUUUUAUUUUUUUAAUAUUGAGUCAAACUCAAAUUUUCGAUCAAUUUAUGUAUAUUUAGUAAUUAUUUUGUAAAUACUCAAACAAUUAACAUUAAUGUAAUUAAAGGUCUAAUAUUAAGUACUUUUUAGUUUUAAGGGUAAUUAAAUCUGUAGUUCAAAAUGGUUGUAAAUGUUUCAAUGCAUUUAUUUUUUUUCUCAAAGAUAUCUUAAGUUAUGUCUUUCCUGAUUUUUGUAGAGCAUGGCAUUCAAAAAUAAUGUAAAACGAAGUAUCUGCAUGGUUACAUAAAGUUAAAUAACUUCCACGUUUCACAUGAUGAUAUUAUAGAAAUGUGACGUGUAGAUACAUUAAGAAAAGUCGAUAUUCAAUGUUACCUCAUUGUUUUAGUACUUAUAAUUUUAAUAGUAUUUUAUGAAUAAAUAAUGUUAAUCAUUUAA